UUUCAGAAGAGGAGAAGAAGCUGCGGCCCGGCUGGAGUGCGCGGUGGUAAUGGCUGCCAUGGUAUGAGACUGCCGAGGAUGGACGAGACUUCGAGUCAAAACCAGCUGGCAGGGAGUGGAAGUCCGGCUGGUGUGGCCAAUAGACAGAACCUAGAAGAACCCAACCAACGAAUACAGUACUCCAUUCCGGGGAUACUCCACUUUAUCCAGCAUGAAUGGGCCAGAUUUGAGAUGGAGCGCUCGCAGUGGGAGUUGGAGAGGGCGGAGCUGCAGGCAAAAAUUGCCUUCCUGAAUGGAGAGAGGAAGGGGCAAGAGAACCUCAAAAAUGAUCUUGUCAGAAGAAUAAAGAUGCUGGAGUAUGCUCUCAAACAGGAAAGGGCCAAGUACCACAAGCUGAAGUAUGGCACAGAGCUGGUGCAGGGGGACAUGAACCCUCCUGUAGAGGAGGGUGGGGAGGAGGUGCGUGUGGAUCCUGAUGCCAUCCUCUCCACCAACACCAAUGUCUCCUGGAAGCAGUCAAGACAUCUUCUUAGACAAUACCUUCAGGAGAUAGGCUACACGGACACAAUCAUUGACCUACGGAGCAACAGAGUGAGGUCUUUGCUUGGCAUCAGCAGUGGGGAGAAUGAGGAGAAUCACAACAGCACACCAGCAGUGAAUGGUUCAGACACCACCAAGCGCCAACCAGACCCCAACCGCUGGAAUGUCUCCAAAAAGCCUCAGUCUACCUUGGAGGCUCAAAUACGAGAUGCAGAGAAGGCAGUCAUGGAAAAUUUUGACUUUCUAAGGUCUGAAGGGAUGGAGAUGGAUGAAGAUGACGAUGAGGAGGAUGCCGAGGAAGAAGAGGAUGUUCAUGGUCUCAAGAGUCCGAAGGUUGCCAAAACGCUGGAUGUGGAUGAUGUCGAUGGAGAGCCUGUGGAGCUGGACCACGAAUUUCCGUUUCUACCAGAUGUGGAGGACAACCCACGAGACUGGCAGGAGGAAUAUUUACAAGCGCACCUGGUGGGCGGGCGUAGGGCCACCUGGACGGGCGCCCGGCGCAGGGCGGAGCUGGAGGGGGAGGAGGAGGAGGGGAUGCAAGGCAUUGAGGAGGCAGAGGAGGGGAGGCUCUCAGCAUACCGUGGGGACUGGGCUGGGCCUCCUCCCCCCCUGGAGGCUCUUAAGGCCAGGUACCGGGCAGCGGUGGGGGCGAGGGGCAGUCCUUCCCCCCCGCAUGCUCCUCCCUCCCCACCACCCACCACUGCCACACCCACCACCACCAUCACCACCACUACCACCACCACAACCACCACCACCACUGUCCACACCACUGGUGUGAUGGGGUUUGGGCCAGCCAGGCGAGGGUACGGAGGUCCUGGAGGUGAGGAUGAUGCCCUAGUGGAGGGCCUCGGGGAGCUGGCACAGCUUACUGUCAAUAAUGAAGCAGAUGCUUCGUAUGAUAUUUCAUCAACCAAAGAAAAUUUUAGGAAGACGUGGACGGCCAAAUAUACCUUACGCUCACACUUUGAUGGAGUGCGGGCACUCUGUUUCCACCCCCAGGAACCCACUCUUAUCACAGCCUCUGAGGAUGCAACGCUCAAACUCUGGAACUUGCAGAAAACUGUGCCAGCUAAGAAGUCUGCCUCCUUGGAUGUAGAGCCUGUGUACACCUUUCGGGGCCACCUGGGCCCUGUGCUGUGUCUGGCCAUGAGUGGGGAUGGGGAGAAGUGCUAUUCUGGUGGCAUAGAUGGAACCAUACGCAUCUGGAACAUCCCAUCUUCUAACAUAGAUCCUUAUGACUCUUACGAGCCAAGUGUGGUGGCUGGCAGCUUAUCUGGGCACACGGAUGCCGUCUGGGGCCUCACCUUCAACCCGCAGCGGCAGCACCUCAUCUCCUGUGCUGCCGAUUCCACUGUUAGAUUGUGGUCAGCUGACACCCGCUCUCCUCUGCUCUACACAUAUUCUGUGGAGAGAGAUGGCAUACCCACCUCGGUUGACUUUGUUUAUGAGUCAAGUAACCAGUUUGUGUGUAGCUUCAAUACUGCCAACUGUGUCAUCUUUGACCUGGAGACCGGCAAGCCUGUGAUGCGGCUGGACACAGAACCUGACCAGGGCAGCAAUUCCAUCAGUCGACAGAUAAACAGAGUUGUGUCUCACCCGACGCUACCACUCACCAUUACUGGCCACGAGGAUCGCCACAUCCGCUUCUGGGACAACAACAGUGGCCGGCUGGUGCAGUCCAUGGUGGCCCACUUGGACUCAGUCACCUCACUGGCAGUUGACCCUAAUGGUCUCUACCUCCUCUCUGGCAGCCAUGAUUGCAGUAUCCGCUUGUGGCAGCUGGAUAGUAAACAGUGUGUACAAGAAAUCACAGCCCACAGGAAGAAGUUUGAUGAGAGUAUAUUUGAUGUGGCCUUCCACCCUAGCAAGCCCUACAUUGCCAGUGCGGGAGCAGAUGCACUGGCCAAAGUGUUUGUCUGAAGUGCCCAGCCACCAGCCGUGAGAAAGAUGGACACUUAGUGGUAGGGAAGGUGGUGCCAUGUGUUCUGUGUGCUCCACUGGUUAUGACUGGAAAUAAUUGCACCCUUUACUUGAUUUCUUGUGCACUUGAAUCUUACCAAACUGUGAAUGGCCACAUCCAGCCUUACUUUGCCUUCAUCUGGCCAUGGUCUGUCUGCCUGGCCUAGGAGGCAACACACAAACAUAUGCCAGUGUCUCACCUCUUGAGUGUCGCAGGAACCUCUCGCCAAGGAACAAAAUACUACUACUACCCAACUUGUAGAUUGAAAUGUUCUCUGAGUUUUGUAAAAUGCACUUGUUAAUAAUGAUCCUGCAUUUUAAUUAUUUUAUAUUUUUAGGUAAUUAUUUUUUUACCUAUAUGUAUUAAACAUCUAUACGUGUAUUCUGGGGAGGCACCUGUUUCUGGAUCUUUUUAAAAUUUUUUUUCCUUUUUUUAAUUUUUUUUAUUUAAUUUUUUUUUUUAAUGUGAGGUGACAAGUGACAUCAGCCGUGUCGCUCGGGCUGGGACCCCCUGCCACUACACAUAUAUCACCUGUAUGUAGCCUUGUACAUGUGUUAGAGAGAGAAAGUAACAGUAGGUCUGGACUGACUUGACUAAUCAUCCUUUUUUCUACUUUUUAAUUAUUUAUUCUCCUUCAUUAAAAAUUUCCUCCAUUUCUGUGAUUGAGAUGUGAGGCAAGAGAAUGUUCUCUCCCUGACUAGAUUUUAUACCAAUGUGUUAAGGGCCAUUUUUCCAGUGAUGUAGCAGUGUUGACCCUGAAGUCUUAAGCUGUUUCCCAGGACUUCUGCCAAUGUCACAGUCACAGUUCAGGACUACUGCUUGUAUCCUAGCAACAGUAAGUAAUGUAAGAAACAAACUUUGUGUA